GCAGCCUCAGGGUUGGAAUGCGAGCUGCUGGGCAAGUGGGGUUCCUUCGGAUGGUGGCUGCAAGUCUUUCUGGGGUGUGUCUGUCUUGUAUCUUUGGUGGGCAAGAGGUUCACGGACAAGGUGAGAAGACCCUGGAAGGUCUGGUUCUUUGAUACUGCAAAGCAAGGAACACAGGCCCUGAUGAACCACAUCAUCAACAUCGGACUCUCUAUGGGGUUCGGCGAAUGGCUGUCUGUAGAUGCCGAUCCCUGCAACUGGUACUGGAUUAACAUGUCCUUGGAUUGCACCUUGGGGGUUGGCAUCAUGUUCCUGCUGCUGCGGCUGCUGCAAUGCGUUUACCGCAGCAAGUUGGUUGCGCGGCCAGAGCUUGCAAGGUGUGGGCAUUAUGGCGAUCCGCCCGACUUCAAGAUUUUCCUUCGUCAAUUGCUGGACUGGCAGGCGCUCGUCUUUGUACAGAAACUUAUGUUGGCAGCGCUCGUCAUCAACUUCCGUGCCAGCAUGGCUUUGAUUAGUACAGCAUUGCUUGGGUGCUGGCCCCAGGCACUCUGA